AAAGGAGCGUUUUUUUGAAGCGGAUUCUGAUUUCUUUGGCUUUUUCCUACUAAUUUUUCUCAGCGUACGUACUGUUACUAAAUAUUACCAUUUCCGCUACUAUUUGUCUUUUCUUGUUUUUUGGCCAAUACAGCUAGGUUUUCCUUUGCCAAGGGACACCCCACACGAUUUGUGAGGGGGAAAAUAGAGAGAAAAUUGUAGUACAAAGGAGGGGAAAAGGGAAUCAAUCAUGCCACCUAAGAAGAGAAAAGCUGCCAAGAAGAGGAGGAAGGAACAAGCAUCCAACACCAUCGGUUCAUCAUCUACCAACAACCCACGAGGAAAUGAUGAUCCGAAAAGCCAAGAUGAAAGGGACAGUGAUGCUAGUUCCCAUGUAUCACAGGAUGACCGCACUCAACAGUAUACAUUCGUUCUUAGUGAAGAUGAAGGGAAAAAAUCAAAAUCACAUGUAACUGAGGUGAAGCCUGUGGAAAAGGCCACUAAAGAUGCAGAAAGCACUGAGAAAUUGGGAUCGGAUGGCGUUGAUUUUAAAUUUGAAAAAGGGUUGGAGCCAAAGAAUGAUCUUGAGAUUACCCAUGUUUCUAUUCAGCGUGUUGAGCAUGAUAAGAGCUCUAGCAGCAGCAGCAGCAGCAGCAGUGGGAAGAGUUGCCGCAGUAGUUCGGAUGAUGAAUCUCAAACCUUUAAGAUGAAAUCAAAGGAAGAAGCCUCUUAUGAUACCCAGGAUAAGUCGUCUACUGUUUUGUCCGAAGGACCUAAGGUUUCUGAAAAUGUAACAUUUGAGAAUGGUAGAAGUUAUUCUGCAGGGAAGACUGUUGCUGUUGACAAUUCGGUAAAAACUGCAUUAUCUAUGCCAGAGAAAAUGGACAUUUCCGCAAAGAAUACACUACCUGAUUCAGUUGAAUCAGGGUUGAAGGCAAGUGAAGAGAAUUUGUUGCCCUCAUCAAAUGGGAUUUCUGGGGCUGAAUUGGAAGGAGCUGAAGGAAAAAAUUUCCCAUCCUCAGAUAUUCCUACUGCUGAAACUAGUGAUGUUGCAGGAACAAACCAAACAUUAGAUCCCCAUGAGCAUUCUGAAAAGCAGCCUCUUGUUGCUUCUACUCCUCCACCGGUGCAAAGAACCUCAUGCUUAGGUUGCUGUGGGUUGUUUGAAGUUUUUACUGGUUCUGGGAGAUAAUUGAAGUUUCGAGUCAUCCGCCAAGUUAAGAUAUAUUAUACUUUAUUGUUUGCAGAACUGGGUGUUUUAGAUAUACUGAGUAGCUCAUAUCCUUUGUGCUUUUGUGGGUGUAUGGGGAUGCUAGGACUAUGAAACUAGAACUUUAGAUCCCAAACAUUUUGCUUGUCAUUUGAUUUUUUUUUCCUUUCCAGUUAUCUGGUAUUCUUUUCCAAUUUGCAAUGAUUUUGCUUUGAACC